ACUUGCGUCCGAUAUUGCUCUAGCAGCUGCAAAGAAUGCUGUUUAUCACCCUAUUCAUUUUCCACUUCAGUGCCACAAGUAUAUUCCUCCAUAAGUGAUGGGCUAAGCUCACGAUUUCCUGCCACUAAAGUUGUGGUUUAGAUGGAGCAGCAGCUGGCUGGUUUGCGUUCAGAAUCCGUUCCAGACCUUCAUGGAACUUCGGAUGUGUGGCAGCAAAUUCUAGCCUUGGAUACGCGAUUCGGACACUUACGUCCUUCCAUGUGCGGUGAUUCAAACAUGCAACGGACGCUGUAUCUGCGCAGACGACACCAGUUGUCCAAGGAGCAAACGCGUUCUUCACAAGUCACACACGCCUCGCACGAGGUUGAUACCAAUGCGCCUAAACGUGAUUUAUACAAAUGCUUUCGUGAACAGCUUCUGAUUUCACUGUAUGGACAUGCUCCUUCCUUACAAUUCUCCUCUAAUACACACAGCGUUGAACAGUCGAAAAGUGUUGCUGGGAGCCCAAAACCAGAAUCAUUCUCAGGAUCUCAAUAUAACAAGUUUACAGAUGAUGAAUCGUGCCACAGUGUGGGUCAUACCACCAGCCGAGCUAAGGAGACAUUGGCUGAAGGAUACGCUUUCUCUGGGAUUGAACAUGUUUUUGAUCACCACACUGGUGCCGUGAAUCGUAUAAGGUUCGCCAACAAUGACAACACCCGCCUGGCCAUAGCUUCUAUGGACGGGACAAUUUCCAUCUGCUCUACCUGGCCUCCGAGUCAGGCGAAACGAGUGCUUCUUUUGCUAUCUGGCGGCCAUCAACGGGGCACCUCAAUCACAGAUCUGGCUUGGUCGCUGUCCAAUGAUACGCUCGUCAGCACAGCUUUGGACGGGAGCGUUUGUUUGUGGGACACUGCCAGUGGCAGAUUAAUACGAGUCUACUGUGCUCAGACAGUAGCUAUUGGACCCGUGCUUGUUUGCGCCUACCAGCCUCAGAAUUACAAUCUGCUGGUAGUUGGUGGUGCGUGGGGAGCGAUCCAGACAAUUAACCUAUCGACGGGGAAAACAAUCAAGAAGGGACGUGAUCAGAUUCAUUUCAUCGGGUUCAAAUCGCACAAACUUCCAGCCGCGACCUUCACUCCGUUCGCUGUCAUGGGACAGGGUUGUGUGACUGCACUAACCUUUGAAGCCGCUUCAGGUACUUGUCUGUGGGCCGGCACUGAUCGUGGUGUAAUUCAAGCUUACUCUUGUCAACCAGAAAACGGGCGUUUGAUUCGAACGCAUCGCCUCAAUCUGCGUGCCUUACAAGCUUCGACGUCAACCGCACUUACAUCAUUAAACAGUCCAAGCGGGCUUUAUGAAGAUAAUUUGGAUAUUUCAUCUGCAGACUUGACACGGGGAAACGGACGACUGAAGCGCUCUAAUUUUGUUCAACGGCUUUCCGGUUCUCAGCGUUCAAGCUCCAAGUUUCCAAGCAUCACAAGCCUUUCCGCCCAUUCUUGGCUCUCUCGGGAAACGGGCGAUUCAUACCUUCUAGCAAACGCUGCUCGACUGGGUUUGGUUCUGUUUCAGGUGACCUCAAGCACGGGCAGUCUGAGCAUGAAGCGUCGUUUUCCGAUAUACCAUGAACCGCCUGAUUCACAUACCAACCGAAGUCUUCGACUGCUACACUCAUGCUUUGCCCCCCUGGUUUCGUUCCGCUCCGGUGCUUGUGCCGUUACGGCAAGUGAGGACUCCAAUGUUUAUGUGUUCGAUGUGUUGUAUAAUGGUAGCCACCGAAGUCACUGUGUCUCUGCUCUGCCCGCUGGCUUGGUCACGGUGCUUCAAGGUCAUAUGGCACCUGUGUUAGACGUAGCGAUUGCAUGGGACGAGAGUGUUCUUGCUUCUGCUGAUGAGGGUGGUGCGGUGAUUGUUUGGCGACGCUUAUGUGCAUCUGACGAGGCCAUUGAAUAUCUUUUGCACAAUUUUCAUUUUGUCACUAUCAGAUGCUAUGGCGAAAUGGCUCAGUGGACAGAGCGCGAAUUUACUGACCGAAACGUGCGUCAUUUGGGGAACGUGCGUCAUUUGAACCCGACCUGUGUCUCUCGACUCGCCCUAUCUAGGCUUGGACAAUUUGGCAGUAUCCCAACCCUCGUGCUUCCUUUGGGUGGCAUGGCAGAUAGGCACCGAAAGGAUGCUAUAUGGUUAAGCAAUCUAUCUUGGCAGAAAGUCACAUUGAUUGCUAUUCCAAGAUCGUUUCCCUUUUCUUCAUUUCCUCAGAUGCUAUAUUGGAUUCCAGUUGAGACUGAAAAGGACGGGUUUCAUCGAGAAUCGUCGCGAAUGCUUUGGUCGGCAAGAAGUACGGACACAGUAAUCCCGGCAGUUCGGAAGAAGCAAAAUCAGUUGCUACAUUUGCAGCCGAUGCUCAGUGUAUGGAUAGCCGGGAACGACUACUUCGGUUGUAUGCGAACCAACGUUUAUUCCUGGAAAGUACUAACUUCUAACACAAACGCUCACAUUGAGUCAAUUGGAGGCUACCAACCGCAAGAUAGUCAUGGGCUUGAUUGGACCAUACAGCUAUCAGUUACCGAUGGACAGCCUCAAUCAAUUAUCACUGUUCUUUCUGGGGUACGCAACCUGAUUCUGAUAAUUUCAUCGUCUGCAUCCGGUAAGCAGUUAGCAUUCAACCAGCAGUACGUGUGCCGAAGCCGGGCAGCUCCAUUCAUUAACUUCGACAAGUUUCAGUAG